AUGUCCGAAAGUUAUUCUCUAAAAACGAAGCUUCUUGAAAGCGAUCAGGGCACUCUCUUUGAGGCUUGCCCGUCGAACAUGAACAGUCCUGGGUUAGCCGCUCGCCUUGAGGAUAAAGUCUCUCAGCGAAUCCGAAAGUGGAAAGGGCGGCAUCAAGAUCGCUCUCCCGAGCUCGCAAUCCAGGUCAAUUUGUCAAAUACUCGCCCAGAAAGAACCGAUGACGGCAGGAAUAUCCAACGUCCAUGGACUCGUGAAAUCAAGCGACUCUUGAAGCGAUUGCCAACUAGCUACUACGAGUUGUUCAUGAUUCAUCGAGCCCAAGGCUAUCACGGUAUGCCGUACCCCGAAAAUAGCCAUCGAAGGUAUUGGCGAGCCUAUGAAAUCGGACGACUCGAACGAUUGUGGGAGGACUCUUCACCCGAUCAUCCGAGUCCCGCCGAAGCAGCUUCAGGCCAGAUCAAUACCCAUUUGCAACGAAUCGCAGAAUACUUCGAUACAGAAGUUGACGAGCACGGAAACUUCAAAGCCUUGUCAUCUGAUCAGACUUCAUCCUACAAGGAUUGGUAG